CCCAGCCGCCCCCAGCAGCUUCCUUCCCUCUUUCCCUCUUGUUUUCCAGCCCUGAGAGUUCCGCUGGUACCGGGCUGGCAACAUGGCUGGAAGAGGUAAGGGCAAAUCAUCACUCUGCUCUGGCUUCCCUCUGAGCAUCCUCUUCAUCGUCGUCAAUGAGUUCUGCGAGCGGUUCUCCUACUAUGGCAUGCGAGCUGUGCUCGUUUUGUAUUUCAAGUUUUUCCUGCACUGGGAUGACAAUUUGGCCACAGCCAUCUACCACACGUUUGUUGCCCUGUGUUACUUGACACCUAUCCUUGGAGCAAUCAUUGCGGACUCUUGGCUGGGAAAGUUUAUGACCAUUGUCUCCCUGUCCGUUGUCUAUACGAUUGGACAGGCAGUCUUGUCUGUGGGUUCCAUAAAUGACCUGUCGGAUCACAACCAGGAUGGCUCUCCCGAUAACGUACCAUUGCACAUUGCUCUGUCCAUGAUUGGCUUGAUCCUCAUUGCGUUUGGUACUGGUGGGAUCAAACCUUGUGUGUCAGCAUUUGGUGGAGAUCAGUUUGAAGAUGAUCAGGAAAAACAAAGAAGUACCUUCUUCUCUCUUUUUUAUAUGGCCAUUAAUGCUGGAAGUCUCAUAUCUACUAUAAUCACCCCAAGUCUCAGAGCUACAGAAUGUGGCAUUCAUACCAAACAGCGAUGUUACCCGCUAGCUUUUGGAGUUCCUGCUGUCCUGAUGGCUGUCGCCUUGAUCGUGUUUGUAGCUGGAAGCAAAAUGUACAAGAAAGUUAAACCUCAAGGAAAUAUAAUGCUUCAAGUUUGCAAAUGCGUUGGAUUUGCCAUCAAAAACCGGUUUCGGCAUCGCAGCAAGGAGUUCCCCAAGAGAGAACACUGGCUGGACUGGGCGAGUGAGAAGUAUGAUAAACGACUGAUUGCUCAGACUAAGAUGGUGUUGAAGGUGCUUUUCCUUUACAUCCCUCUCCCUAUGUUCUGGGCACUUUUUGACCAGCAGGGAUCAAGAUGGACACUGCAAGCCACAGUAAUGAAUGGGGAUUUUGGUAUUGCAGUUCAACCAGACCAAAUGCAGAUUGUGAAUCCAAUCCUGAUUAUUAUAAUGGUCCCAGUUGUGGAUUCUUUGAUUUAUCCUUUAAUCAAGAAAUGCAAGAUCAAUUUUACGCCCCUGAAGAAGAUGACUGUUGGUAUGUUCCUUGCCUCUAUGGCUUUUGUUGCUGCUGCCCUUGUGCAAGUGCAGAUAGAUAAAACUUAUCCAGUUUUCCCUGCAGCUGGACAAACACAAAUCAGAUUAAUGAACCUAGGUAGUGUUCCUGCAACAGUUCAGCUUCAACCUCAACUUCAGGGUGUGCAUGUAGCACCUAAGGAGGCGACAGACUACAUGAUAUUUAAGACUUCUGAGCUGCAAUCAUUAAACAUAACUUCUGGAUCACUAAACGAAACUCAAUCUUUGGAGGGCCUGCUAGAGGGAAAACGUUACACUUUUGCAUUUCAAUUGUUUGGAACAGACAUUGUUUCUAAUUUGAUAUUGGACAAUGUUACAUCAAAACCAGAAGAAGGAAACAAUCUCAUCAGGUUCAUAAACAGCGAUGUUUCUACUGUUGACAUUACUCUGGAUGAUGAGACUGUUGCAGUGCUGCCUCCUCUUAGUGCCAGUAAUUACACCACCCUUCCAGGAGGACACUCGCGAUAUGCCAUUAAGAGUGAAACUCCCUCAUCCAUUUGUUCAGUUUUAUCAAAGAAAUUUGGAUUUGGCAGUGCCUAUACCAUUUCAGUCGAUUACUGUACUCAAGGCACUCUUAAUAUAACAUAUUUUGAAGAUAUUCCACCCAGUUCAGUCCAUAUGGCGUGGCAGAUCCCUCAGUAUUUUCUUCUUACAUGUGGAGAAGUAGUCUUCUCUGUCACUGGGCUGGAAUUUUCAUACUCACAGGCCCCGUCUAAUAUGAAGUCAGUGCUGCAGGCAGGAUGGCUGCUGACUGUGGCUGUUGGUAACAUAAUUGUCCUUAUUGUAGCUGGAGCAUCCAAACUCAGCAAGCAGUGGGCAGAGUAUGUGCUGUUUGCUGCAUUGCUGUUUGUAGUUUGCAUCAUUUUUGCUAUUAUGGCUACCUUUUAUACCUAUGUUGAUCCAAAUGAGAUCGAAGCCCAAUUUGAUGAGGAAGAAAAGAAAGCUAAAAAGGAUCAAGAUGACCGUGAAAAGGAAACUGAAGCUGAUUCUAAAAUGUAGAAGCUGUAUUCAAGGAGUGUUCUUAAAUUAUGAAAUCCCAUUCACUCUCCCUGCAGUAAGAGGAAUUUGGGUAGCAGUAAUAACUCUUCUGGAUAAUGUCUUGUGGGAGACUUUAAGAAAACCUGUUUUAACUUAAAAUGGAGCCUCUCUUGGCAAGCAAUAGGAAAAGAUUAGUCUCUCUCUUGUACUGUAUGUGGUAUCCCGAAGAAACUCCAGCAGAAUUUGCACUCUUAAUGUACCUCAAUCUUAAAUAUUAUAGCAUUAGAAUAUUGAAAUUAGACUUGGAACUAUUGGACCUGUGAAAAGUAUUUUUAUACUGCAUUUCAAUUUUGUAGCAUGAAAGAAACAAGUCUUGUCAAGAAACAGCAAUUGAAGACAAGCUCUCUGCAUGAUCUCUCUAGCCUCACCGUUACUUCAAAGCAGCAGGUCACAUGUGCCUUAAAUUCUUUUGUACUUUUGUACAGAUAAUGGGAGCAAAGCAGUGUUCAGAUUAAAAUGCUGUCUGUGCUCCACAUGGCAGUAACUUGGAUGUGCACUGUAAUGUAAUGCUUUAUGUGCCUGUUAACUACCCAUUUAACUCCUGUUAUGUCUUUAAUUAAUAUUAGAAGUGUCCACUCAGGUAAGCUGAUAAUGGCAAAU